CUCAAACUUGGUAAACCAACUCUCCAACACAAGUCGUAUCAUUGUCGUUUAUCAAAACGUCAGUCACAUCAAACAGUCCUUUUCAGGACUACAUCCACCCGGAUGAUCAUAAUACUUCGAUUAACAUUCAUUCACCUGGGAUCAGACCGUUCUAUACAAUAUCUUACUUUGAUGCUGUUCAAAAGGGCAUUGACUCAGAUCUCACCUCAGAACUUUGUGCCAGAUUCAAAAACAAAAUGCUUGCAGCUAAGCCUGAGCAAUGAAUUUUCGAGUAUAUUGGAAGAAAUAAAACAAAAACAUACCUUGAUAUUCCAACUCUUUGGGGAGCCAGGGAGCGGCUGUUCAACCUUGGUUCAAGGACUUUGUCAACACCUUUGUGAGAUCGAACACAUCGCAGAGAAGGAGAUAUUGUACCUUUCACUCAAUGGAUGUUGUAAUGAGAAAUCUUUGUGGGAGUUCAUGAGUGAUCUGGCAAAAGAAAGAAAUCAUAAAGAACAAGCCACAUUCUUCUCUGCAACAUCUGAGAAAAAAGAUGAAAAGAUCAAAAGGUUUCUAGGRUUUUUUAAUUUCAAAGUUGUUUGCUUUGACAAUGCAGAUUGUAAUGAUGGUUUAGUGGAAUCUUUCUUGGAACAUCUUGUGUGUAGUAAGAUCAAGACUUUUAUCAUUGGCACACAAACCAGACAGAUUCAAACUAAUGCACAAGUUAGUACGAUAGAAGUGAGAGGUCUCAACUUGUCAACUGCUCAAGAAUUGUUCAAAAAACUUUGCCCUUCAUGUGCCUACGAAGAUGGACAGAUUUCAAGCUUAUGUGGAAUCCUCAAAUAUAACCCGAUUGCCAUCAACUUCUUCUGUGCUUUAGUAAAUUCACACAAACUUGAUGCAACUCAACUACAGCUGUCCAAAGGUGAAAGACGGGUUGACAUGUUUGCACUAGAUUGGAUAUUAGAUUACAUCAAGCAAUCUUUGGAGCCAUCAUAUAUCAGCAUCUUGUAUCAACUGUGUCACCUUCGAAGACCACUCCCAAUGACAGAGGUAACACCAGAGAUCAGUAAACUCAUGGAGCUGAAUCUACUGACAGUCAAGAAAGAAGGAAGUGUGAAUGUUAUUGCCAUUGAUUCAUGUCUGCAGAAGUACUUGUCUUGCAAAAGAGACAUGAAUACUGACAAGGAUGCUGUUCAACAAACUGCAGAUUUCAGUGUACUUAAAUGCUGGCUUUCUUUAGUGUGUUUUAAGCUUCAGAACUUGGUUCAAGAUGCCGAGGGAAAUGCCUGGCCAUUUGUUGAAGAAAAAUGGCAGUUUGCUCGAGAAGUAAGCAAAGAGGAAAACUACAAUGUCCAAGAUCUUCUCACGUCGAAAAAUCAUGAUGUUCCUUCACUUACAGAAUUACAAAUUCUUCAAGUAAGACUUUCAUUUUUUUUGUUGAGAAUACAGAUGAAGGGGGCACAUUUUCGAGUUGCAGUUAUUUAUUACCCAUUUGUCGUACCUAAAUACAACAUUGUAAAAUAUAUUAUUAAUGUGAUAAAUGUGUUGAGAAUGAAAUCUUUUUCUUCAUGUAUCCAUACCCAUCGACAGUGUUUUGCUCGCAGUUAUGGAAUCUUGUGCCGGUGUCUUCGUAACAUGACCAUUACAGACUACAAUACUUUUGCGCAGACAUUUGGCCUAGUCACGUGUCAUCCUCUUCUUGCUGCUUAUUUCUGUAGCCAAGAAGCUGCCGAGUGGUCUUCCUACACUCCACUGUUCUUUGUCAGACACACUUACCAAGCAGGAGAAGUGUUGUUCGAGUAUCUUAUCCUCAUCCCUGACAAGAACGAGAAACAACAUCUCCUGAGAAUUGCCAUUGAAGACCUAAAAGACAGCAUACAAGCCCAUCAAUCAUACCCUUCACUCACGAGCAGAGAACAGUUUUACCUUCUAGUAUGUGCCGUGUAUAGGAUAAGUCUCGCCCUCUUCCAGAUUGGUUCCAAUGAGGACAAGGAAAAAGGGAUGAAGCUCAAGGACUUAUCUACAGAACUGUACGAACACUACUGCUUGUCCAGUGAUCGUGUCCCACUCACAAAUACAAUGACUGGGAUGGUUGAUCAGUGUCUCAGUCUCCUGGGAUUAAAGGCGUUUUCACAAGAUAACUUGGCAAAUGCUGGAGACGUUCUAGUGAAUUACUUCAAGAUGCGCAAAACCGUGCGUCAGAAUGAAAAUUACCGUUUGUCCAGCGUGGGCUUUUUUGAAAACCUCAAUAAACAUGAAAUCAGGAAUGAAGUCAGGGUUGCAAAUUUCACAAAAUCUAAAAAUGCACAGCAGAAUCUGAGAAAUCAGGUUUUGAAGAAGACAGUUGAUCAUGACUUGUGUUUAGCAAAGAUGCAAGAAGAACAAGCUCAAGAAGGGCAUACUGUUGAUCGAUGUGCAGAUACGGCAGAGAUGCAAGAAGAACAAGCUCAAGAAGGGCAUACUGUUGAUCAAUGCACAGAUACGGCAGAGAUGCAGGAAGAAAAACCACAGGGGCAUACUGUUGAUCGAUGCGCAGAUACAGCAGAGAAGUCAAGUGAAGAGCAAGCUCUUCAAACUCGUGCCACGCUUGAAAAGUUGUCUUCCAUGACUAUGGAAAAAGGUGAAGGAAUGGUUAUGCAAUCUUUAGAGAAUGAAGCAGCAUCUUUAAUACGGGCAUCACAAACCAUGCCGUUCUUCCCAUUAGAUGAAUUGAAAGCAGCAAACAGCAAAUCAAAUCGAGUCAAAGAUGCCAUACUCUGGAAGUACGACUAUCCAACGAGCCAGUGGAGAGGACAGUCAACAAUGGUGUACAUUGGAGACCAACUGAAACUUGCCAAGGAAAAAGAAGGAUCACACAGAGAUGUGUACGCUGUUGAAUUUAUCAACGAAAAUGAACAAAGGAGAAGGUAUGUGGCAAAGCGUUAUCGGAAGUACAAGACAAUGCAACAGUACCAAAAUGAUGUAUUGAGUCAGAUGAAAGCCAAGCAGUAUGUUGCUUUGUUCAACCAACAGCUCUACCAAAAAGCUGCAGGUGUUCCAGUAGGUGAUAUCCAGUUCUUACCAGUCGUCCUUCUUCAACUAGUUAACUCCAAUGGCCAAACUGAAAUCUUCAAUGCUGAGCCCUACAUGUCAGGGGAAUUCAUCAAACUCACCAACAACACUGACUGGAUAAACAAACACAGACGAACUGAUCUGGUUCUGGCAUACAGUCACUUCACUUACCAAGCAUCUGAUGGCAAACUUAUUAUUGUGGACAUACAAGGCUGGGCACCUCUUGAUAAUCAAGGGUGCACUUUCUUAACAGAUCCACAGAUUCAUUCAACUGUUUACAAGUGCUUUGGAACUGGAAAUUUUGGAAAAGAAGGAUAUGAUAAUUUUUGGAAAAUGCAUCCAGAAUGUAACAAAAUUUGUAAGAUGUUGGGACUGGAGAGACCUCCUUACAAAUAGAUUUUUUACAGACCAUCUAAUGAGAAUCAUUGCUUUUGCUCAACAAUUUAUUUUUUUUCUUAUAGCUCUCUCGAGUCCAUUAACCAUAACAACAAUAUAAUUGCCAGGACAGGUUCAGACUCAUUACAAAUAGAUUUUUUACAGACCAUCUAAUGAGAAUUAUUGCUUUUGCUUUUGAUUUUUUCCCUUCGUUUUUAAAGUUUUCCCAUUACUUAUCAUGUGUCAUUCUCUUGACAAUGAGACUCUUUGUUUAAGUCGUAUCCAUAUUCAUGUGUCUCCUCAUGUGCU